AUGGCUGGAACAUCGGAGACGAACUGGGUUGUAGAAGUCGGUGAGCUUCUCCGGCGAGACGGCCUUCGAAUGGCUUUAGAAACUCCAACUUCCAUCUUCAAGCUGCCGGAUUCAGUAACCAAAGAAAACCCACAAGCUUAUUCCCCUUCUCGUCUGCUUCUUGGGCCAUUUCAUGAGCUCAGCCAUGAGCUUCACAAAAUGGAGAUCUUCAAGCUGGAGCAAGCAAAAGUGACCAAGGAAAGAUUUCAGCUUCCUGAGCUCACUCUAAUGGUGGAUCAACUCAAGGAAUUAGAGGUCCCGAUUCGAGCCUCCUAUGGCGCAAAUUUGGCGAUCGGCUCGGACGCUUUGGCUUCGAGAAUCCUCAUUGAUGGCCUGUUCUUGAUCUGGUUAUUGCAAAUCUAUGCUGAUGAGAAAAAUUAUCCAGGGAUUCUUCAAGGUUUGUCCACGGAGGAUGAGUUAGGGCCUAAGAUCAGACCGAAAGGUGUAGUCGAUGGACAACAGGUGAAUAUUCCUGUACUACCCCUUGUUGGUCCCGAGGGACGGAGGAGGCUAGGGUCGUCUGAUCGGCUUCAUAACCGACGAUAUAAGCUCGAAUUGCCAGUUUUCGACGAGCAAGAAUUGUAUCUAAAACUCGAGGGAAACAUGGCGACAAUGACCCGGAACGAGAUACUCAAAGAUUUACUAAAGCUCGAGAAUCAAAUUCCAAUACAAGUACUCAAAAGGGUAUUACCAAAAGAUUUGAUUGAAAAUUUGCCUAUUUUGUUCUACAAAUUCUGCGUGUUCGUCUCACCAUUAUCACUUCCUUCAGCCGACAAAUUUACAACAUCUAAUGACAAUCCAUUCCUUAAUUUGUCCGAAAUUCUCGACCAAUCUCAACAUUUGCUUCACUUUUUAUACGCUUUACUAUACUACCAAAGGUUCCUGGCUUACAGGCCAAGCCAAGACUACAGGUCUGGAUCUUUGUUCGUCGAGUUAUUGAAUUUGUUGGCUAAAGUUGUUCAAGUUGGCAUUGUUCAGCAGCUGGUUGAAGCUGUGGGUUUGAUCCAAAGCUUAAUUGGGAUGCUUGGGAAAAUCCAUCACUCAUCGCCGUUCGAAACCGAAACCUCCCCCGGACUUCCUUCCGCUACGAAAUUGAGAAAAGUCGGAGUGAAAUUCCACGGCGGCGAUGGUGGCGGGUUCGACGACGAAUCCGCCACUCUAACACUACCCAGCGUCACAAUCAAUGAUUUCUACGAAGUAAUAUUAAGAAAUUUGGUGGCGUUCGAAGUCGAAGCGAAGAUGAAUCCGAGUAGUUUAUCGCAUUACGUGACAUUAAUGAAUGGACUGAUUGCUACAACGAAAGAUGUUGGGAUUCUCAAGCGAGCUGGGAUUAUCGUCGGAGGUCGUUCAGGCGAUGAAGACGACGUUGUAAAGCUGUUCAAGGACCUUGGAAAUGUUGUCGUGAAAGGGGGUUUCGAUUCGGAAGAGGGUCGGUCCAAUUUCGAGUCGUUUAUGAAUUUUGAAGGUCGGAUCGGUGAAGAAAUUAUGAAGUACUAUGAAAGUCGAUGGAUGGUUAAAGCGGAAAGAUUUGUGAAGAGAUAUAUAUUUCCUGUGCUGCAAGGCUUGAUGAUAUUGGUGGUUGUAGUUCUUAUUCUUAUUGUGGCUAUACGCACAGUUUGUGCCAUCUUUGACGAUAUACCAGUGUACACCAAGAAGGAGUUAGUUGACAGUGAACACCUAAGGGGAGUUUUGAUGGAUUUCUGCAACGCUUACACAUUUAACCAAGGAGGGCAAGCCCUUCGAUUGGACACCAACAUGGGAACAAAAUUCCAGGAACAUAAGGAAAGGUUGGUGACUGCACCCGUCGUCAUAGUACCAGAUGAAUCAGACAACCUUGUAACAUGUAGAGCCAAUGUUGUAGUUGAUGCUUUGAGCAGGAAGACUGCUCAUACCUCUGUAAUGAUCAACAAGCAAGAGAAGUUACCGGAUGAGAUGAAGAAUGCUGAAAUUGAGGUUGUAGCUAGAGGUGGUACCGCUCAGAUAGCAUAG